AGAGAGAGUAUUGUCAAAUAUUAGAGAGAGAGAGUAGAGUGGUGAGAGAUCGAGAACAAGACAUGACCGUACCAGUGGGUUAUAAGUUUAGGCCUACAGACCAAGAACUUGUUAUUGACUAUCUUGAGAGCAAGUCCAAGGGUAAAGCCCUGCCUUGCGAUGUCAUUUUCGAGCGCGAGAUUUACGGGACCGGAAACAAAGUCCCGUGGCAAAUUUUCACCAAGAACGACCCGUGGGAAGAAGGCAGCGUCUAUGUUCUCACGAAGCUGAUCAAGGCCACCGGCAGCGACAAACGGACAGCUAGAAUGGCCGGUUGUGGCUCAUGGCACGGAGAGACCAGUCCUGUACGAAUACUCGACAAAAAGCGUCGUGUGAUAGGGUACAAGAGGAUGCUGCGUUUUCGGAUCAAGAAUGGAUCGGGAGCGAUGGACGAGAGCGGGGAAGGAGGCCGUUGGAUCAUGCACGAGUUCUCUUUGUAUGGCGGUAAUGGUACUACUUCGACUAGGAAUAAGCAAUCGCCUAAAGGAUCAGAAUAUGUUCUUUGUAGGAUAAAGAAAAUAUAUAACUCAAAAGACAACAAGAAAUCUUCGAAGAAAGUAAAGAAUGUUGUGGUCCCGAGGCCCGCAAAGCGUGCGAGGAAGGAGGUGUUUGAGCAAGAACAGAAGGGGGAAGCACUAGAAACAGAAAAUAUAGUUCCUUACUCGCAAGAACUUUUGGAAGCGGAGAAGGAAGGACAUUAUUCACAGAUGCUUUCCGACGUGGAUGCGGAUCUUGAACAACUACGUCCUAUGCUGGAGUCGGAGCAGCUAGCAAGUAUCUGUCUUGAUUUUGAUACGUCAGACCCCCGAACCCUAUCUUGGCUUCCCCCAACACCUUUCUCGGAAGAAUUUUCAGAAGCGGAGGAGCAAGAAAAUUAUUCGCAAAUGCUUUUUGACAUAGAUGCGGAUCUUGAUUUCGAUGCGUUAGACCCUCAAGCCCUAUCUGGGCUUGUCCAAACACCUUCCUCGGAAGAACUUUCAGAAGCGAGGAAGCAAGAAAAUUAUUCGCAAAUGCUUUUUGACAUGGAUGCAGAUCUUGAUUUUGAUGCGUUGGACCCUCAAGCCCUAUCUGGGCUUGCCCAAACACCUUUCUCGGAAGAACUUUCGGAAGCGGAGAAGCAAGGAAAUUAUUCACAAAUGCUUUCUUCCAUGUCGGAUGCGGAUCUUCAUGAGGAACUAGUUUCUAUAUUGAAGUCAGAGCAACUACCAAGUAGUAUCGGUCUUGAUUCUUGGCUUCCCGGCCCGACAAUGCCAACACCUUUCUUUGAAGAAUUUUCGGAAGCGAAGGAGCAAGGAAAUUAUUCGCAGAUGCUUUUUGACGUUGAUGCGGAUACUGAAGAACUAGUUCCUAUAUUGGAGUACUUGGAGCAGCUACCAAGUUUCAGUCUUGAUUUUGAUGCGUUGAGCGAGGAAUGGAGCUUGUAA